UAGGUUUUUUUAAACAAUCGUAAUGCUGGCAGUCGUCUGGUUACUCGGAUUCUUCGCUCAUGCGUCCGCCCAAAUUAGGGGACAGGGCGUAUGUCCACAGCCGAAUCCCAUCCCAAAUUUUGAUGAAAAAAGGCUGAUUGGAAGAUGGUUCGAAUGGGCUCACAUCGAGAAUGUGUACCAGCGUGAUCAGUCCUGCGAAAUAACGACUUAUUACCGAAAUUCUGACCGAGAAAUUGUCAAGAGAGUCAAUUCCCUCAUUCAAUCCUCCGGAACUUGGAUUUUCUGGGAAGGAAAAAUGAUUCCUAGAGGGGAAUCCCCUACUGCACAGUAUCUUAUGAAAUUCCCGGAGUAUUCAGGGGAUAUCGGAAUAAAUUCGACUUUUGUAGCUGCAAAUUGGAAGCACUGGGUCAUAUUACAUGGCUGCAAAGAGGAAACCAAUCAGUCGUCGCAGUUCGUGUGGGUGUGGUCGAAGAAAUCCACCUUGAAGAGCAAAUAUCGAAAGCAAAUCGCUGAAGCACUGGAACAAAUCAAUCUACCGAUGCGAAAUCUUCGGAGAAUCAAUCAAAAAAAUUGUGCCAAUCAUAGAAUCCUAGAUCCAACUCCAACGUGUCGAUAGGGAUCUUUAAUCCCCAUGAUCUGGAAAGAAUCCUAAUUGUCUACUAAUCAUUGGGCAUAAUAAUAAAUAAAAGAUAUUUUAUUUGGAAUUGAA